AUGUUGGAAAGGUUCCUCUUAUUAUCAGGAUUUGUCACUGUUGUUUUGAUGAAUCUUCAGCGAAACAGAAGUUCAAAAAGUAAGCCUCCUAUCAUGUUGACUGCUGUAGAGUUGGAAAUUAUGCAGGAGGUAAAAGACGUGUUGAAACCACUUUGGCAGGUUACACUUGAAAUGUCUUCCGAAAAAAUUGUAACAUUAAGCAAAUGCAUACCCCUGAUCAAUGCAAUGAGAUGCAAAAUUAAUGGAAUCGAGACAAGAACUAAAGACGGUUUUAAUUUUAAGAAAAAGUUACAAUCUUUAGUUGAAGCAAAAUUUUCAAACGUAGAGUUUGUAAAACCGUACUCAGCUGCGACUCUUCUUGAUCCAAGGUUUAAAAAAGACGUAUUCACUAACAUAGUUGCUGCAUCAAAAGCAGUAACACAUAUUGGUUCAUUGGUAUCAGAAUGUAUUGGAGUUGAUUCUAGAAAUCUAGUUCAAAAUUCUCAAAAAGUUUCAAGCUCAGAGGACAGUCUUUGGUUUGAAUUUGACCAGUCAGUGAAAGAUAAGGUCUUAAACGCUGAUCAAGAUGUUGCUAAUGGAAUCCCAGUGGAAAUGAGACAAUAUUUUAAUAGACCCAUCAUUAAUCGUAUAGAAAAUCCUAACCCGCUAGCUGCCUGGGCUGUUUUAAAAGGAGAAUAUCCUCAUGUAUAUAAAGUGGCGCUUCAAUUUCUACCGGUUUUAGCCACCUCUGUUCCAGCAGAGAGACUUUUCUCUCAUACAGGGCUAAUAGCGACAAAACUUAGAAAUCGAAUUUCUGGAAAGCACCUAGAUCAACUAGUAUUUAUGCGUAGUUUGGACGAAAAAUGGUUUAAUUAGUUGUACUUAAAAAGAUAAUGUUUAUAAAUAAAUGUUACAUGUUUGAUUAUAUGUAUUACAAAUAUAAUAAGUUAAUUGCACAA